UGGUUAGGGCUGGCUGGCUGCCCCCACCUCCGCCUGCUCUACCUCCUAGGCCAUUGAUAUCACAGGUUUCUCAUCCUAUCACAAAUACUGAGCUAAAUACCCAACUGAAAUCAGGUUAUAUAGACUUCACACUUCAAGAACAGGUGGAACAAAAAUCUGAGAUUGAAGCACAUUUGCCAGAGAACAAAACCUCAUCACAAGCAGAAGAAAGCAGCCCAGCAAAAAAGGAGGUUUUGCUUGCCCAACCACCAUCAAAACCAAUCCGCAGGAAAUUCCGACCUGAAGGCCAAAUGGUGGAGAAUCAGGAACUUUCUCCCACUAAAACUUUAGCUUCCUCCUUGCCUGCCAUCAGGUCCCACCAUUCAGUUCCAAAACAGUCUUCAAAACAGAAGAAAGUUAUUCAGACUGCUAUUCGUAAAAACAGAGAAGCCAAUGCAGUGCUAGCUCGGUUGAACAGUGAACUCCAACAACAACUAAAGGAAGUUCAUAAAGAGCGAACUGCACUGGAAAAUCAACUGGAGCAGCUCCGACCUGUAACUGUCUUAUGACCUUCUGUGAAAAGCAGUUUCUCCCAAGGGACUUAAAGAUUUGUCUGCACAACAUACUGGCAUAGUAUUUUUUCAUGAAUGCAACAACAUCUGGGAAAGAAAGAGGGCUGCCAUAUUCCUUUUCCAUUCUUUGCACCAGUUUAUCUUGCAGAUGAAGAAGGACACCGUCUGAUUGUCAAACCUUAUGCCUAGAGGACUGAACUUGUUUUCCCCAGUACUUCAGGAAUGCCUUAAUUGAAGUCCAUCGGUCAUUAUUAAAAUGUUAUUUAUUCAAAUAGUCCUGAAUUUAUAGGCAGGGAUUUGUGGGGGCAUUUAAAUAAAGCAGAUACUUUGAAGAAAUAUUUAACUCCAUACUAGAUAAUCAUUUCUUAAAUAUCUUUGAUUUCCUAGGAUUCACUAGUUUUACAAUGAAUUGAAGUAGCGCCUACAGAACUUCCUACCUGUCAUAUCCAUUGAUUGAUAUUUCCCCGAAGCCUCCUUACAGCCACUACUCUUCCCACAUUCAGUACACAAUUAUAGCUGUGGCAGGGCAAUGGAGGCAUACAAUUUCCUCUACAUCAGAAGGCCGAAGUUGCCCCCAUGAAGUGACAAAUAAUGAAUAUAUUUGUCGAUUCAUGGGGGGUAUUAAAAAAACACCCCCACCCCUGCUUCCACCACCACCCCCUGCUGCCACACCUACCAUUGCUGCUGGUAGGCAGAAUGGUGGGAGGUUUUUUAUCACAAAGGGAUGAAUAAAAUGGAAAGAUAGUCACCCCUUCGUAUUCAUAGGUGUCUCUGGAACUUACAGAUUUGAAGCGAUGAAUAUUUAAUGGAUCAGCGAUUUUUCACAAAUAUCGCAAUCGGGUUAUUUAUUCGUCCUCAUGUCUAAUCAGGAACAGAGAAUACGUGGCCCUCUCAGUGUUGUUGGACUGCAGCUCCCAUCACUCCUAGCUAAUAUAGCACUUGUGAAGGAGGAUGAAUAUACAUGUGUUAUAUUUUACACGCACACAUGCACACAUCCUGCUGUUUUGGUGCUUGUGACGUUCAGAGCAGCUAACAAUUAAAACAAGUAAGAUACAAUGAAAUUUUAAAACUAUAAUAUAUGUUUCAAUGCUAGCCAAUGCUGAACAUUUUCUCCUCAGCUGUUUCCCCAAGCCUACAUACAUCUCAGCUGCUCCACAAUGGAUACCAUUGGGCCUCCUCAGUUGUUGGACAGAAUGGAGUAUAUUGAGUUUGCAGCUCCAACUGGGAGUCUUUCCACCACUUUUAGCCACUUACAGCAGCUUUGUUGGAUGUGGAGCUGUCCCCAGGCCAUGCGGUGUUGUGGGCCAUAGAAGUGCUUGUAAAUUCAAUUUAUGAGCAUUGAUGGGAGAUCAGCUUGUAACAGGUGAGUGCCUUGCCUUCAUGUGGUACUCUGUAGAGACACUGUUUGCAAAGGUACAUUACCCCUUGAUUUACUUUUUAUUCUCUUGCUGGUGCAGCAUCACAUCCACAUGUUGUUUCAUGUGGCCAUGUGCAAGGAAUGGGCCAUGGCUGAUAUACCCAUAACAGUAUGCUAUACGAUGGGCUGUUGAGGUGGUUGGCUGUGUCAGCACUGGGGGUCUUAGACUGCUCCAGUCAUAUUUUACCACUUUAAAGCUAUCAAGUGGUUUGAAAAUGUUAAAUCCAAAAUUUAGAGGCAUGUCUCUUUUUUGCAAUUAGAUGUAUUUGAUGGUUUAUUUCUUAGGAUGCAAUCAGCAAGAAAAGUUGGGGAGUAUCCAUAAGCUAACUAUAUGCCUUGAUAAAAACUGAUUCACUUGCUUUAGGUGUAGAAUUUUUCUUGCCUUGUGUUCAUUUUUCCUUCACCUGGGAUUAACAGCUCUUAUUUUAUUGAUGUGAUCAUUAUCUUGGUAGCCUGUUCUGUUCCGUAAGCAUAUUUAACCUUCAGAAAGUCCUACUAAAUCUAGUAAAAUACACUGGAAUGCACCGGUAUAUGUGUAACUUUGCCUGAAUUGCAUCCAGAGAGACCACUCUUUGGUUGGCAUUUUCAGAUUGCAAUGACAAUAGGAAAAGUGAUCCUUUGGGAACAUGGAGCAGGUAAAGAAAGACUCUUUUUUUAAACCACUAAUCAGGUUUAUAUACUUUUGUUUUUCACCCUUAAGUUUUCAUGUUUCUUUCACAUUAUCCAAAAUGUAGUAGGCAGCUGUGAUGACAGUCCCUGUUUAGGUCACUUUGAAAAAUUACACAAAUUCAUGGUGGUAGGUUUGCACAUAACUGUUAACAAUGACAUCCAUGUAGUGCCUCUAGUUUCAGAGACUGAACCACAGAACAGCAAAGAGCAGAGAUGUUAGAGGCAUAUCAAUACUUUUUCUUCUUGAGUCCAACUCCCAAAAUCCACCCAGUAUCCUAUGGCUUAACUUAUUUCUUCUUUCAGAACAACCACAGGUUCCUAAAAGAAAUAAAGGCGCUUAAUGAAAUAAUAGGAUUCUGCAUGCUUGGCUUUCUAGGUGCGGUGCUGGAUUCUGCCAGUCUCCCCUCAUCAAAUAGACUCUGACUAUAUCAAACAGGAAACAAAACACUUAAUUUACAAGGCUAUAACAUAAUAAUAAAGCAUACUAAAGUGGUUGAUUGACUAAUUUCUUUUGUUACACUUGUAUUAUACUUAACCUUUCCCUGAACUUUAUAAUAACUGCAUCACAGUCUCUCCUGUCACCUUCUAUCUCUCUAAACUCAAUGUAAUUUGGACUGACUGUUUUUCCCUUCCUUCAAGCCUCCUUCACAGCAAUUCGAAGGCUGUGAUAGGCUGAGGUUGAAGGGUUAUCAAGUCCUCCAUUGGAAUGUGAUGUAAAAAUUCUGCAUCCUUUAUAUUUUUAUGAUCAAAUAUAUUGAUCAUGUCUUUGGGGAUUGAGCUGAAGGAUAUAAAAACUAAAAGUACCUAAUUUGUGUGGUUUAUGCAAACAUUUGCAGUUCUACACUAUCAGUAUCAUCAGUACAACUAUAUUUAAAAUGCACAAGAAACAACAUUUUGGUUAGCAUUUACACAGCAUUCUUUGAAAGAGAUUCAGAAAUACCAUGUAUAAAUAACGCAAUACUAUCUAAAUUAAUCAUAUAGUGACAUGUUCUAAACUCUAUCUGCAAGUCACAUAUAUAAAAAUGAUUUGCGUUAAUUUUUCAAAAUCUACAUGAUGCUGCUUUGGACUCCAGAGCCAAAAUUAAUGAGGUCUUGUGUCAAAAUGAGGGCCUCAUCAUAAGAGCCAAAUGAACCCCAGUUCUAUCAAUUCUUUUCAUACCUCUGUUGUACUGAAUCCCGAUCAUGUGCCAUAUAUACCGGUAUGAAUAUUCUCAUUUGUUUUAAAAUUACCGAUUAAUUUCUUCCUAUUUGAAAUGUUAUGGCUGGCUACCUUUUAUCUGAUGUUUCCUGGGGCAGUGCUGCCCCUUUUUAAUUUUUUAUUUUUUAAAAAAAGAUCUGUGGUUCAAUAGAGAGGUCUGAGCCUUCCCUCCUCUUCCCCUUUCUCUUUGCAAAGGAGCAGGAUACUUUGCAAGAGCAGAGGGUUUUUAAAAAGAUAGAGGAGAAGCAACCCUCCCCAUCCCCACACACCCUGGACAAGCCUGUUGAGAGCAGAUUGCAGAUGAGACUGGAAGUUGUGAAGAGAGAUGUGGGGCGAGGGUGGAUGGAGGGUUAGGAAGAGCUUCAGAUUGUGAUAUAUAUAUACACACCUCUCUAAUUUGCACCUUCUGGAAGAGCUUGGAUGAGAUCCCCCCCCCUCAGCUGCUGGUCUCCAUGCCUCAUCCACCCCAUCCCAUCUGGCAAAGGGGUGAGGAGGGGUACUCAGGGAGAGGCGGGAUGGCACCUGACACCCCUAGCGAUCGUACUGCAAUUCACACAUGUCCCUGUUAAUCUAAUCAGGUUCCCCUUCCCCACAGCACUCACAAAUCCAAGCCCUUUGCAAAGGAAAUAAGUUGAUAGGAGCGUGCAGACAUGCUAAACCAGUAAAGAAUGAAUCAAUACAUCAUCAGUACAAUUCAUAACAACCUUCUCAGUGAGGGGAAAAUAAACUGGAAAUAAAUCACUGUCUGGGAAAAUUAGUUGAUGUUGGCCAUAUGUCAAGUGACUGGAAAUUUAUGAAACUAUAUAACUGAGGUAUAACAGGUUUCUUUUGGCUCGUGUGAUCAGGCCCCAAAGAGUGGUCUUAACCGACUAGAUAGGCGGGAUAUAAA